AUGGAAGAUGUUCAAGUGGCUGAAUCUUUCAACAACUCAAAAAUGAACAUACAUCAAUUUUACUUUGUUAAAUUUCCAGCAUUGAAAGAAGAAAUCCAAAAGGCCAAGGAGUUAAACGAUAAAAUGAUCGAGGCAAAAAGAAUUAUCUUGGAUGAUAGUAUACGUAAGGAAAGUAACAAGUUGAGGUGGUAUAGUGACUACAAUACAAUGUGUAAUCUUGAGAGUUGGAAAAGGGAGCUUGACGCUCGAUUACGUGAGGACCAUGAUUCAGACUCGGAUUCGGAACCCUCUAUAAAUAUUGAUAAGAAAAUUAAAAAUUUGAGCUACCAAUUUACACAUGGUAGUAAAAAUAUAGCAAGUGAAAAAAGGAUAAUUAAAGAGCUUAAAGAAUUGCAAAGGAAGAAGGAGCAACAAUGUAAUCAUGUUGAAACAAGGUGCUCUAAAAAAUUUAUACAGCAAUGUAUUCAGAAGGGUUUGAAUGAAAUAAAAGAUGGACAAGAGAGUAAAAGAAAAGUGGAACAACAAAAUAAUGAAUUAGCAAAGGAGAUUAUGUCUUUGGAAGAAAAUCUAGUUGAAAUCAACAAAAAGAGAGUUAAACUGAAUGAAUACGUUUUAAUUGCCCAGAAGCACCUAGAUGAUCAGAUUGUUCGAUACAAUGAUAAUACGAAACUACUAUUUCAUGCCAAGGAGCUCGCGACCAAGAAAGAUUUGGUAGCACUUGAAGAAUUAUGCCCUAAACAGGUUGAUGAAUUCAUGUCUCAAUGGAACAAAGACAAUCUAUUUAGAGCAAUCAAUAGAAUUCUCGAAACUUAG